GAGGCGCCAUCGGGUAGGGGUGCUGCCGGCAGCCUCCGCUCGGACUCCCCGCCCCGUCCAACCUACCUCCUUCCCUCCCUCCCCUCCGCUCCGGGCCGGGCUGCUGGAUGAAGGCGGCGGCAGGGCCAGCAAACAAAGGAGGAGGAGGAGGAGGCAGGGGGGCGGGAUCCUAGGCGAGCGGAGCCGAUCUGGGGGCGGUGCGGCGGCGGCAGCAGCAGCCCGAGAGAGCGACCCGAAGCCGGAGGCAGAGAGCCCGUCCCAGGCUGGGGGGGCAGCAGGAGGAGGAGGAGGAGGAGGAAGAGGCGGAGGGGGAGCUGCAGGCAGCCAUGCCCAGCGCCAUCUACCAGCUGGAUGGAGAAGCCUCCCGCUGCUGCCCCCCGCCUGGCUUGGGCGGGCUGCUGACCCCCCAGAUCGCACAGCAGCCGGCUUGUUCCGGCAGCAGCUUCGCCCUGCCGGCCGGCCCCGAGCAGCCCAGCCUGGAGCCGCCUUCCCCGCCUCUCCUGCAAGAAGCCGAGGCGCCCCGAGACCCCGCGGCGGAGCUUUCCCUGGCCUUGGAGCAGCUUUCCAUCUUAGGGCUGGCGGCAGAGGAGGAGGAGGAAGAAGAAGAAGAGGACGGAGAAGGCGGGAGAGACGAAGCGGAGGAGGACAGGCAGCAGCAGCAGGAGGAGGAGGCGGCGGCCAAGGAGGAUGGAGGAGGAGGAGGAGGACCACGACUCGAGGACGACCUGAUGGAGGCAGGUGAUCCAGGAGGGCUGGACCCCUUCAGCUACCAUGGGCUGCCCCCCCUGGCAGCAGCGCCGCCCGCAGGUGGGGGCCUGGUCCUGCUGGACGCCGAGGGCAGCCCCCCCGCCUCCAACUCCGUCUCCCCCGUGGAGAUCCUCGGGGCCUUCCAGCCCCAUCUGGGACACCCCCCUCCGCCACAGCACCCCCUGCUGGCCGGGCAGCUGGGCAUCAUCGGCAGCCGCAAGAAGAGUGUCAACAUGACAGAAUGCGUCUCGGUGCCCAGCUCGGAACAUGUGGCAGAAAUCGUGGGCCGUCAAGGAUGCAAGAUCAAAGCCCUGAGAGCGAAAACUAACACUUAUAUCAAAACACCGGUGAGAGGAGAGGAACCCAUUUUUAUUGUGACAGGGCGGAAAGAGGACGUGGAGAUGGCCAAGCGAGAGAUCCUUUCGGCUGCCGAGCACUUCUCCGUGAUCCGGGCCACUCGCAACAAAGUCAACGGCAUGGCUGGCUCCAUUCUGGCGCCUCCAAACCUCCCCGGGCAGACCACCAUCCAAGUAAGGGUCCCUUACCGCGUGGUCGGGCUAGUGGUGGGCCCAAAAGGAGCCACCAUCAAGCGCAUCCAGCAACAGACACACACCUACAUCGUGACCCCAAGCCGGGACAAGGAACCGGUCUUUGAGGUGACGGGCAUGCCGGAGAAUGUGGACCGGGCGCGGGAGGAGAUUGAGGCCCAUAUUACCAUGAGGACGGGCUCCUUCAUCGACAUCAACAUCAACAACGACUUUCAUUCCAACGGCACCGACGUUUGCCUCGACUUGAUGGGGGGCAAUCCAUCCAGCCUGUGGUCAAAAGCACCUCACCCUGCCCGACGGACUGUGCCCAGUUUACGCAAUGAUAACCUUGGUUCCUCGGGUAGUGCUACUUCGGCCACCGAGCCUUACUUCGGGGGCCAUGUGGCUGAAAGCCCCCCUACGGGCUCCUUUGUUUCCAGCAACAGCAGUUACUCUUUCAGCGAACCCCCAGCCCCCGGACUGGGCUCUGAAGACGGUGAUUUUGGGUUUGACUUCUUGGCCUUGGACCUCACCACACCAACCACCAUCUGGUCCCCCUUUGAGGCUCCCAAUAACCCUCUCCAGGUCUUCAGCAGUUCUUCCACCUCCUCAGUGAACGGAAAUGCUCAGAGACGCAACAGCAUGCUCAGCACCACCGCCACGCCUCGGCAUUCCCCCACCCUUCCAGAGCCUGCUGUGGCUCUGGAGCAUCCUUUGGCCCGGCGCAUCCAGAGCGAUCCAGUCAGUGCCCUGUCCUGGCUGCCGGCCCAGGGCUCCAUGUCAUCCUUCUCCAACAGCACCGGCUACUCCUCCUCUUCCCCGUUACCAAGCAGCAUUUCCGCCACUUCCGGCUCGCCUACUGAUUCUAACAGUUCGGAACGGGCUCGCAAGAAUUCCCGCGAGUGCAUGGUGUGCUUUGAGAGCGAAGUGAUUGCUGCCCUCGUGCCCUGUGGCCACAACCUCUUCUGCAUGGAGUGUGCCAUGCGCAUCUGUGGCCGGGUGGAGCCCCAGUGCCCUGCCUGCCACACGCCAGCCACGCAAGCCAUCCAUAUUUUCUCAUAGCCACUGAGUGGGUGGGACUCACCAUGCAUUUACUGCCCCACACACACACACACAAACACACUUCCUUUCCCUCCAAAACAAACCCACAAGAACAACAAAGAACAUGGCUUUUUUCAAACGUCUAAUUGUUUAUAUCAACCUUUUUUUGGAAAUCAGAACUUGUGAAAGAACCUGGAGGGGUGGGAGGGGAAAUGGAAUAUGUCUUUUGAACCUUGCCUGGUGAAAGGAGAUACGUCGUUGAGGUAGAGAGAGGGAAAAUAAUAAUGGUGGUGGGAGGGGAAGAUUAGAUAGAGUCUUCACCAUUUAGGGCAGCUUUCAGAUGUGUCAGUUUCAACUCCCAGAAUUCCCUGUCAUGAGCACUGCUGAGAAUUCUGGGACUUGAAUACCACACACCUAAGGGCUGAAUUGUAUUUUGUGCUUGGUAAGAGGACAAAACACAGAGCCAGCUUUCAGAGCUGGGCAAAAAAAAAAUAUCUGUUCAAAUAUUGUUUACAGAAUAGCUUUAACUCUCAACCCCAGAAGCACAGGCCGGGUUGGGUUAAAUGUUUGCUGUUCCUUAUGCCCUUUUCCCCCCAAACAGUAUUUCUUUUUGCAAAGAUAAAUCAAGCAAAAGUCCAUGUGCACUUUUAAGAUUUUCUUUCUUUCUUUCUUUCUUUCUUUCUUUCUUUCUUUCUUUCUUUCUUCCUUCCUUCCUUCCUUCCUUCCUUCCUUUCUUUGCUUCCUUCCUUUCUUUCUUUGCUUCCUUCUUUCCUUCUUUCUUUUCCUUCCUUCCUUAUUAUUAUUAUUCCUUUACUCUUUUUGUAUGCAGUUCUGAAGAGAAAGAAAGCGUGAACAUGAUUUUUCGUUGUUGGCAAGACAAGUGUUAUCUUACUUGGCUGGUCCCCCAAAUUAUAUAAAUUGAUAUUAACUCUCAAGGGGGACCAAUAAGCUGGAGGGAGAAGUCAGGCAGGCUCCCUUAGGGAGGGCAAAGAAGGAAAAAUAAAUAUCAGCAUAAUACGCACACGCAAAAAAGUCUCUUUUUUAUGUUGGACUUUUUAAAGUUUAUUUUUUACCUCUGUGUAUAUGUAGGGAAUUUCUAGGAAAAUAGUUACUUUAUUGAAUAAAUUUUAAGAACUAAAAUAUAUUUUAUUUUUUAAGAAAAGGGGCUUGGCAUUGGGUGGGGGCAAGGACCAGACCCUAACCAUCCAACGUCUAAAGUUCUGAAAUAUAUACAUAUAAAUAUAUAUAUAUUUGUUGAUCUGACUUGACAGUUAUGAAAAUUGUAUCCAGAGUUUUAUUUUUUUUUUAAACUUCAAAGCCUUCUUAAUAAUAAUAAUGAUAAUGCUGAUGAUGAUUAUGAUGAUAAUAAUAAUAAAAGACUUUUUACUAUCUGA